AUGAAGGUCGGGGAAGGAACUGUCGGUCACGUGCAGGUCGUUAAAGUAACUGCAAGAGAUUCCCCUUUGCCCUCAAUUGACUAUCUGAAAACAUCGGGUAUGAUCAAAGUGGAAAAUGAAAAGCCAGCCGUAUCUACCGAUUACGUUAUCGAGCAAGACGUGGUACAAUAUGGCGUUCCACAAGGAAUAACCAGAUGGAAAACGCUGGUUAUUACUAAAAUUGCAACUGCCGCGGAAGAGAGCGCACGCACCAACAAGACGGUUGAAAUCGACUGGAGCAAAGAUGAUAUUCCAGAAGUUUGCUUCUAA